AUGGAUACUCCUCUGAAGAACCAGUCCACUCCUUUGGUUUCAGUAUUCCAGGAAUCACCUGUUUCCAAUUUCAUUAGCAAUCUUUCUCCAAUUGAGCCUAUCAAGUUCAUAAGAAAUGACCACACAUUCAACUCACUGAGCUUUGCUUCUCCCCCAUCUGGGUUUACUCCGCCGCAUAUUGUUUCCCCAUGUCGAAAUAAGUUGUUACAAAAGAGGCAUCACUUCUCCGAGGCAUGGGAGCCUGGGAUCUCUCGAAGUUGUAAUCUAAAUAGUACUUCUGAUGGAGAUUCAAUUGUUAGUGAGCAAUUGGAAUGUUCAGUAAUCGGAGACUUAGUACCAGCAGAGAGUUUAGAACUAGCAGCUGAGUUGCCAAGUACCUUGAAGUUAAGUUGUGGUAGCCCCGAGAGCAAUGUGGUACCUUUUGAUGCUACUAAGGCAGAUGGCACACCUGAAUCGGUUGUUCAAUCUUAUAUUCAUCAACCAAAAGGAGGGCAUUCUUCAUCUGAAAGGGAAGCACAUUUACUCAGAAUCUGUCGAGCCGGAUUUGACUGGGAGAUGUCAGUUUCUGAUGCUGAUGAUCUGUUGAACUUCGAUUUCGAAAUCAUUGAAGAGAAUUCUGCCGAGGAAGAUCCUAAAACAGGUGAUCCUGGGGUAAUGUCUUUUGUAUCAAACAUCCUAGUGGACAAUCACAAUGAUGUGGAGAUAAGGCAUACGGCAGAUCCUAUGGGUUCCAGUGAACAAUUUGCAUUAAAAAAGUUCAGUAAUUCUGAAACUGAAUAUUUUGUUUCUAAAACAGUAGAUGGUGGUACAGUCUCUUUUAUUUUAGACAACCUACAAGAGAAUCACAAUGGCAAGGAGUUGGUGGAAACUGUUGGUCCUAUUGAUUCUAGUGAACAAUGUGAAUCGGAAAAGUUCAGUACUUCAGAACCUAUUUGGGACCUGAUGGAAAUAGAGCAAGCACCAUCAAUUCUUUCUCGACCUUUACUGGAUUUAAAUGUCAAUCCAAGUAAUACAGUGGAUGUCAAGCGUCACAAAUGCACCCCUCCUAGCUGCAAGCCUAGUUCUCAGUCACAUACGAUUCACAGACGCUGUUUGGUUUUUGACAAGGCAGAAACUCAUAAAAGAAAAUUAGUAAGUGAUUCUAGUGGCACUUGUUCAGUCUCAAUGAGGUCCAAUUGUGAAGCUCCAACUGUUGUAAAGGAGUUGAUUCAAACUACAACUGGAAUGGUGUGUGCUUUCUCAUCAGCUAGAUUACCUGGUAUUGGUUUGCACUUGAAUGCUCUUGCAACUCCAUGCGAAACUAAUUUAACAGUCAAGACUCUGGCUUCGGAAAGUCAAGUGAUGAGUAUGCCAGACUCCAAGACAUGCUAUACUACUAUCACUCCAGGUGAGGAUUCUCGUGAUGAAUCAUUAAUUUUGAACUAUUCAGAAGAUGAAUCUGUUGCAUGCAAGAAUGGAGCUCAUCUUGCAGAAAGUACUCUUCAAACAUGUAAGCAUACUUUUGAAGAAUCUGAACACAGUAGCCCAAAAAGGAAGAGUGUUGAGACAAAACAUGUUGGAGAAAGCAGGGCCUGCAAGCGCUGUAAUUGUAGGAGGUCAAAAUGCUUGAAACUUUAUUGUGAAUGCUUUGCUGCUGGUCUCUACUGUGUUGAGCCUUGUUCAUGUUUUAAUUGCUUCAACAAGAGUAUUCAUGUAGAAAUUGUUCAUGAGACUCGAAGGCUCAUUGAACUUCGCAAUCCACUUGCAUUUGCUCCUAGAGUGGUUGGAAGCGCUGAAGCUGUUUCUCAAUUUGUGGAGGAAACCAAAUCUACUCCAACUUCAGCUAGGCACAAAAGGGGAUGCAACUGUAAAAAAUCAAGCUGCUUGAAGAAAUACUGUGUAUGCUUCCAGGGUGGUGCUGGGUGCUCUUUGCAAUGCAAAUGUGUAGGCUGCAAAAACACUUUUGGUCAGAAGGGCGGUCAGCGUUUAUCAGGAGGUCUAGGAUCUGAGGACACUGAAGUUGAAGGAGAAUCAGGAGUCCAUGAGAAGAAUGACCCAAUGAUACUCUCUGAGAUCUGCAGAUCACCUCCAGACCAACUCCCAACCACUGAUCUCAAUAGGACAAGUGAACAAAUUUCUCUUCAUUCUAGUCAAUCAUCAUCUCCUAGGCUUGAAAAGCAUCUUCAGGCGAUCCCAGAAGAAGAAACUUUUGAGGCAUUGGAUAGACCUAAAACGAGCCAACCUAGCUCUAUUUGUGUGAAGUCAGCCUCUCCAAACUCGAAGAGGGUAUCACCACCUCAUAGUCACAAUAGCAUUGGCAAGUUUGGGUCAUUAAAAUCUUGGAAGGGUGGUAGGAAGUUGACUCUGAGAUCAGUUCCACUACCAUUCACCAAUCUGUAA